CGCGGUGCGACAACGCCAGCCGCGCGGACGGCGCAGUGCCAUCGCGCCUUCGCCGCUGCUGGCCGCACCGAACGACUCUCGCGCAACAUCAUUACUGCGCGGCAAUUAACUUCCGAGCACGAUAGACACCGGUGUCAUUUCUGUGCUUCGCGCAUCAUCAACUAUAUCUAGUUUGCCUGAUAUCGAUUAGGUUACGAGAGACAUACACUAAUCCUGAUUAUAUCUAGUCAAAAUUUAUCAGUGAACAAUCAUAAUCGCGCUCAUCAUAUUACGUCCUUCAAAACAUAUGAUCGCUAGUACGAGUGAAACUGCGAAUAGUGUUGCUAAUUAUCGACUCGGCCUGUCACGGACUUAACAAAUAUAGUAUACGUUUAAUCUUAUAAGGUGUUGUUGUGUAAGCGGUGUAUGACUGAGAAUCCAAACCGAUGUCCAAAAACAGACGGUUGUCUUGUCACAUAGAGAAAGUCGUAAAUUCCAAUAUUAAAGUGAAAAUAUUUGAGAACGGAAUUGGUAAUUUCCUUGGAUUGCUAUUACUAAUAUUGCGAGAAGUACACUUUUGUUUGUUGUGUUAUGGGUGUAGGAUAACCCAAUUUCUGGCAUAAUAACAAACAUGCCUUCAUAUAUUACUUACUAGACUAGUAUUUGCCAGUCUAAAUUCGGCCAGGGUUGAUUUACAGACGUUUCAUGAGUAGUGUCAAGGUUGGUGCUGGACAGAGCGGUCGCCGAGACGACACGAUGCGCACAAGGUGCUCUGCUCGCAGCUCUCUGUAAAUAAAUAAUGAUCUAAUUGUACAUAUAUGCUAUUUCUGGCUCUGACUGAUACGUCCAAGAUACCGAUUUGUACCUUCUGUCAUGUAAACAGUAUCACAUGAUUUUCACUGGUAAAACGUAAAUGAAACGUGUGAGGUAAAUUUACCUACUCAUGUAAACUAAGAAAAACUUCAUAGAAAAAGUAACACUUUCGAUUUCUUUAAAUACAUCGAACACAUAUCUACUAUCCGGUUUAAAGAAAUCGUUCGUUUCUAUGGAAAUAUGCGCACACUUUGCGAAGAAUAACUGGAUUUGAACCAGUCGCGAGAGUAAAAUUCAUAAUUUUCACAUCAAUAUAUAUAUUUGAAAGUUAAUCAUGUGUUCAAUAGCCUGACAUUGGCAGCAGUUGUUUACCGACUAAACUUGAAUAAUAAUGAAGAUCGGUUAUUGAACAAGAUAACAUGCCGCAUUACGAUGAAAGUUUUAUUUACGAUGAUAAUCAAAAUCAGCGGCGGAAUAAAAGAAGCUACAGAGUUUACAAAAACGGAAUAAACCCUUUUCUGGAACCCAGCGAAGUGCUCCAUGCACUAGAAGAAAGAGGAUCAUCAGUUAUAAAACGAAAUAUCAGAAAUAUUAAGCAGCGUGGACAUCGGUUUAAACCUGAUUUGAUUCCGAGUGAAAAUAUCUAUCAGGGCAAACGUACGGGAAAUGUCGAAAUAUUAGUAGACCCAUGCCCACGUUUCACUUGCUAUGAUGAGAAAAAAUACUACGACUUUCAAAACAACAACGUCUUAGCACUCACUACUUGUAAAAGUGUUGAUAAUUUAACACUGACUCAAAUUAGAAACAAUGACCGCAAGGAAAAGCACAUCAGAAACGGAAUUAGUCUGCAAAAUUUGGUGGACGACGAAAAUAUACAGCAUUAUGUGUCGCCGAGGGAAGAGCCCUUCUCAGAUACCAAAAGGGGCGAGGCAAGAAAUUCCUACUCCGUCGUCGACGGCCGACGCCAUCCCUCGCAUAGGAGACUCUCCCGCGGAACUGCGGCACCAGGUGUCGGUACCUAUCGGCAAAUAAACAUAGAAGGAACAGCUCGAAAAGCAGCACGGGAGGGCGACUCCAGCGAACCGGGCUCGGGGCACCGCGGCUCGCUGCGCGGCGCCAACAAGCUCGCGCGGCGCGCGCGCUCCUUCAAGGACGACCUGCUCGAGCGUAUCUCCAACAUGCGCUCCCCGGCGCAGCAGCACCAUCCGCCGCAUCUGUCUUCGGCCAUCCGGUCGCAUUCGCCGCUUAGUCCCAAGAUACGCAACAUGGCGUCCAAGGCAUCUACGGCUGAGGAAGGGGAGUUGACACCUGCCAAAGAAUUGGAGGGACUAGUGAAAGAAGUAACCUUCGGUUUGAAGCAUUUUUCCGAUGUUAUUACCAAGAGAAAACUAGAAAUGCUUCCCGACAAUGGCACUAUUGUUUUUGAAUCUAUCGCCAAUAUUCAUAAAGCAAUAAAGCCAUACAGCGGUCGUUCGCCUUCGCUGCUUAGUGCUGUAAAGCGCCUCUGCAACGCGCUAGCGACGCUGAUCCGUCUGUGCGACGAGAUCGCGGCUGUGAGCCUGCGCGCGGACGCGGGCAACGAGGAGAUGGACGCGUCCGCGCUGUCGGCCGAGCAUGUGUCGACGGUGGUGAAGGGCGUGACGUCAGCCGUGGAGGAGGUGGCCGCGCUGGCGCAGCAGCACAUGGCGCGCCCGGCGCUGUCGCCGCGACCUGCGCUCGUCUCACCGCGCGCUUCCACGCAACGGAACUCUUUACCCGACAUUCCGUUAACGCCGAAAGAGCGGUCGCUGCUGACGGGCGAUUCGGGCCCGGAAUCGGCGGUGGUGCGCGCGUCGCACUCGUCCGAGUCGGUGCUCGACGCGCCCGACUCGCCGCCGCCGAAACCGGCUCGUCCCAACAGGAAAAUGGAGUUGGCCCCACCUCUGCCGCCCAAGCGACGCUCGGCGAAUGAAAAUUCCCUCAUAGCACAAUCCAUUGACAGACUGUCCCUGCAGUCGCACAGCAGCGGCUCGCUGGACUCGAUGCUCAACGUGUCCAACGAGGAGGACCGGCACACGCACGACUCCAACAGCCACGACCGCGUCUUCGUCACGCCGCCGUCGUCCGACCUAGUCGGCAUUUGCAGCUGCAACAGCGGCAACGAGAUUCGCUCCUCGCUCGAGUCGCAGGAAUCUCACGCCAACAGUAUUCACGUCCACUCGCACUCGAACCACAAUCGGUACGUCCACCAUUUCUCCAAUGAGUCAGGUUUCGCAUCGCAGGGCCAAGCCGAAAUGUCGACCGAACACAGUUUCUCGUCCAAUUUCGCUUCGCACCACUACUCGAGUCACACAGACAGUAAUUUUGAAAGUACACUGUAUGUGAACGAAAUGAUGGGCACGCGACAAAGUAUUGAGAGCUUCAUGAAUGUACAUAUGUCGAAUGCAACCACGCAUCAGUCUAUAAGCACAAUGUUGCCGAGCAUCACGUCAGACGAGAGCGAGGCGCCGCCCGAGCUGCCCGUGAAAACGCGCCGCAGCAACCGCGCGGACGUGCAGCAGAGCUUCCCUAACGUGGAAAUCAGACAAAGCCCAGUGUGCUCGCUGCACGGCGAGGCGCGGCCGCAUACGCUGGCCGAGCACCACCCCACGCGGCCGCCCCCGCUGCCGCUCAAGAAGAAACACAUGUUUCAAAGCGUCGCAUACAGCGUUAUGGCGUAUAUGGAGAUGUUCGGCAACUGCAGUCACCCGCCCAACAACGCGGCCGCGCCGCCCGACAUGUUCCGGCACUCCAUUCAUACAUACAAUCUGGCCAGUGCGCAACACCCGAGCGGGAACAGUAUGGUGCAGCGCCACCAGCACGUCCAAAGGUCCAUAGCGCAGUCGUUUACUGUGCAGCACUUUAGCAGUCCACCCGUACUGAGUGGGUCCGAGGACAGCGUCAGUUUGAUCACGUCUGGCGGGACCAGCCCCGUGCCUCCCGAGCUACCGCCAAAGAUGAGUAAAACUAAGAUUCAAAUCAAUUCGAGCAAUGAACUUCUCCCGCCGCCCUCGCCUCGGCCUUCAUCGCACAAUAGCUCUACCUCUGUUGAAGAAAUCACGCACAACAAUUUGAAUUCGGACGAGUCUUACAUUAGUACUUCCACGCCGGCCAAGUUCCCCAUCGAAGAUGAGCACGAGCUGCUGGUGCCAGAGCCGACACCCUCACCUGUGCCUUCGCAGAAGAGUGAAAGCAGUACGGAGCCUAUAGCGGCCACAAAAGACUCUGACGCCGCUCCUCCGGACGCCGACCCCGAAGACAUCAUACUGCAGACCGACAUCAGCUCGAACCUGCUUCUGAAGGCGCCCAGCAAAGACGGCCCGGAGGUGCGCGGCGGCCAUCCGGACGCUCUCAUCGUUCUCGCCACUAAAGCUACCAAAGAGACGGACGAGUACUUCGCAUACCAAGAGGCGUUCCUAGCCACGUACCGAACGUGGGUAGCGCCGCGCGAGCUCGUGGCGCGGCUGACGCGUCGCGCGCACCACUUCAAGUCGCGGCCUCACGAGCUGCGGUCCACACUCAGUUUGCUCACGAGAGUCGUUAAUGAUCUUACGAUGACGGACCUUGAAGAAUCUCUAAUGCAGAAAAUUAUGGAAUUUAUUUAUUGGCUCAUUGAAGUCGAAGAGUUGCCAAUCGCUAAAGCACUAAGACAAAUUUUGGUGGACAAGCAAAAGCAGCUGCAUAAUCAACAACAGGCGAACACCCGAUACGAAUACGAGUCUCCGUGCUACUCGAGUGUGUCCCUCCGCCGCGACACGCUUCUCGACUUCAAGCCGUCCGAACUAGCUGAACAGAUGACGCUGUUAGACGCCGCGCUUUUUGCGCGCAUCACUACGGCCGAGGUGCUGUCGUGGCCGCGCGACCAGUCUGAAGAGAGCUCGCCCAACCUCACCAGGUUUACGGAGCACUUCAAUAAGAUGAGCUACUGGGCGCGCUCAAGAAUUUUAGAACAGGACGAAGUUCAAAAACGUGAACGCUACGCGCGGUGCUUUCUAAAAGUAAUGAAGGCGUUGCGCAAGAUCCACAACUUCAACUCUUACCUCGCGCUGGUGUCCGCGCUGGACUCGCCGCCGGUGCAGCGGCUGGGCUGGCCGCGCGCCAUCGUGGAGGCGCUGCACGACCACUGCGCCAUCAUCGACUCCUCCUCCUCCUUCCGCGCCUACAGGAACGCACUGGCGGAGACGCAGCCGCCGUGCAUACCCUACAUUGGUCUAGUACUCCAAGAUCUGACUUUCGUCCACAUCGGCAACCCGGACCUAUUGCCCGACGGAAGCAUCAACUUCACAAAGAGAUGGCAACAGUACCAUAUCAUGGAAAAUAUGAAGAGAUUCCACAAAGACAGACAGUACAAGUUUAAGAAGAACGAACGCAUCCAAGCCAUGUUCAACGAGUUCGACGACGUGCUGAGCGAGGAGGCGAUGUGGCAGAUAUCGGAGAGCCUGAAGCCGCGCAGCGGGCGGCCGCGCGCCGCCGCCGCGCCCGCGCCGGCCGCGCCCCCCACCGCCUAGCUGGCGUCGCUGCUCAACUGCGCCCGGCUCACCAUGCCGAUAAAAUUAGAAUCCAAAGAAUAGAAAAGACCAAGAAAUCGUAUGGACGAGAAAAGCUGGCUUAUAUCGAUGAGGAAUUGUGUAAGUUAAGAUGAAAUGUGAUUAUCUGUCCUAAAAAGGCCUAAUUAUUUUAGUGUAUUAAUAGUAAGUGUGCGAUUUUCAACUGUGAUGGAACCGGGAGGAACGUCGUGGCGCGCCGGUCGGCGUUUGCCUCGCUUCAAAUCUCAAAGCUUUUCGUGUGGAAUGAAUAAAUUAAUCAUAGCAAAGUUUGAAGCCAAAUAUUCAGUAUCAGUAUUUGAGUCGAAUAUACUAUCGUCUUAUACAUAUCAGCAUGUGACUUGUGUAGUGAACUAAAUAAACGAGUGACGCCGCGGUGUUUAGAAUAAUGUCCUUGAUAUUCUUCUCGUUGUUGUAUUUGCCAUUGGUGUCGAUAUCUAAGUAAAUUUGCUUCGAAAAUUUAAAUAUUACAUACAUCGAAUUAGAGAACCUUUUGAAGUAGGGAUUUUGAAUACAGUGUAGUAAGUUUAAACACAGUGUCAAUUACUUUUUCAUUCUUCUCAAGUAGAAACUAGACUUCCUAGUAGCAGAAAUAAUAAAAUAAUCCAUGAAACUUCAAAUGAUGUGUUUGGUUAAAACAUUAUAACUAUUUUAAAAGUAAUUGGCACUCUAGUUUUUGACUAGGCUAAGCGUAAAUUGUACCGUUUGUCAAAUCUUUGCGGGUAAUUAAGCGUCGAUCUAAGAAAUGCGCUCAUGAUUGCAAUAUCUUUGCUUAUUACACCCGAGAUGUUGCUUGAUUAGAAUGUCAAUACCAUGACAAUUAACAAUAACAUUUUGUAGCUCCGCUUAGACAACGAUACAUAUUAUUAGUAAUUACAAAUUCGAUUACUUGCAUGUUGCAAUGGUGUUUAAUUAUAAGGAACAUAGUUAGACUAUGUAAAUUAUUGAUGCCUAGUACAUAAUUGGUUAUGACUGUACGAAAUGAUACAUCAUAGUUAACUUGCAUGGUACUAUUAUACAUAUUAUUAAAAAUUGUGUAAUAUGGAAUAUACUACAUAGAUAUGAAGUACAUUCUAUGUUGUACUGUGUCGAAAAUGCAAUAAUAGAGUUGUGACUGUUAUUACAGGAGUCAUAGAAUAGCAACUUAACCUGCCUCGUAAUUAGCUAUAUUCCAUACAAACUUUUAUUCUUAGUAAAUUCUUAGGUGUUUCUAAUAUUCCAUUCUGAGAUUGGUCAUUCUAAUCAAGUUUCAUAACAUAAUAAACUGCCUGUCAGUGGCGUCGCGCGAAUCAUUCCCGCUCACUAACUUAUCUUGAGAACAGCGAGUUGUCGUGUAUCAUUGUGUUAAUUAAAAUAAAACGUACAUAACGUACAUUAUACUUCCGAAAAGAAUACUAUUUUGUUAAUUACUAUCCAAUUUAUUUUUGUUAUACUUUAGAAAAUUAAAAUAUUUUUACUUGUUUUUAUUUAUGAGCCGCCAUCAAUGCUAGCAAAAUGUUGUACUCGUAUUACUAAUUUUUGUAAUGACAAUUUUCAAGUACAAUUUAUACACUCUCAAAUGGAAAUGAGACGUUAACUUAGUACAUACGUUGUUUUGGCGUCUCUUAACGAUUUAUUCCCAGCCUGGACGAACAACAACAUUGAAAUGUAUCAACGCCACUGAUCAUUAAAUGUGUUCCCAUUGUCAUUGUAUCAGUUACGUAAUUAUCAAUGUUUUUAUGUCGGCGGGAUUUGAUCGCAUUUGCCUUAUAUAAUUGAUACAAUUAAAACAGGACGGCAUGUUUUGUUUUUAAAGUUGAGGUAGUCAUUAUUAUUUAUAAUAACUAUGUAAUAGGGCUUCCAAGUUAUGAACACAUCAUAUAAUUAAAUCAGUACUAUUAAUGGAUCCUCACUACUCGAGGCAAAAUCCCCGCCAUUAAUCUAUUUCUGGAAUAAACCGAUCAACUGCGUGCCAAAUUUUAAACACAAAACAAGUGUCCUACUAUCUUAUGUUUAUUAUAAUAUUUUUCAAAGGGUCUGUAAUAUUUGAUGAGAGCAUAGUACAUACAAUCGAGGCGACGUCAUUGUGAAUCAAAGCACUUCUAGUACAAAAUUGUACAUCAAAGUGAGAUUUUUCAUUUGACUUUUGACUAUCAUUGAUGUUGUACUCGUAGGUAUCAUCUGUCACCUCUUUUACAGCUGUUAAGUAUCUAAUUGUACUAGAAUAAACGAAUCUUCCAAGUCAUGUCACACUUCUUAGGCGCUAGGUACUUCUUCCAGUUUUAAAGUACGCAUAGACACUACAUUAACCAUCCAAUGUUUUAAACGAAUAUAAGAAUGCCAUAAGGAUAAGUUAAUCAUCCAUUUAGUAGAAAGUAUUUAAUGCGAUAUUUUUGUGCAUGUUCUUUAAAAUAUUAAAGUCGAAGUUACUUUUUAUUUUUGAUAUUCAGAAAAUUAUAUUUUUCUUAUAAGUUGCUACCUAAAGGCAGCAACCAUAUUUGAAUAUAACAUACUUUUGAGAUGUUUACUUGUCUUCUAUCGUCACGGAUUGUGUCAUUUUACUCUUAAGAGAUUUAGUGUCAGACGAGGCUUGUAACGUAGCCCUGCGCACGGAUUUUAUUCGCUGUUCACGACAGCAGAUGGUCUAGGUAACUUAUAGCAACCAAUCAUAAUCGGUGUUUGUUUUGCCUUAAGACGAUCGACUUCGAAUUAAAUGAAAUAGCAAUAAAUAUUGAUGGUGUUGUAGAAUCGUUGCACAAUUGUGAUACUACUCGUGUAGCGCUGCUUGCUACUCUGUCGUAUUGACGCCCUCGUUUUGUAGGCAAUUAUAUUAGAGAAUGUUAGCUGUAAGCGUUAAAAAAACAAACCCCAAUAUUUAUCUGUCGCUAAGUUAAUGUAAUUUAUCAGGUAGUGCAUUAUUUGGAGGGACAUAAUGUUCCGUGCAAUAACUAGACCAAUAUUUAGGACAUUCUACAAUGCUUUACUGAUUUAUACGCUGCCGUAUUCUUGAGAGGAGAAGUAGAAGUAGUUUGUGUUGUAAGUGCAGCAUAGGAAACCUGUUGGCGACUUCUUUGUUUAAAAUGUAGCUAGAGCGAGGUUUCAAAUACUAAUAAUAUUAUUUAUUACUUGUCAUAUUUCAAUGCAUUUAUUUGUUGCGACAAAUAUGAAUGUUGUUAUUGUGAUUGGACAAAAAUGUACUAAUUGAUCAAACGCCAAAUGUAUUUUAAAAGAUAAACAUUUUAAAUAUUUUCAACAUUGCUUUAAAUAUUUAUUAACGAGGAUAUGGAACGGUUUACGUGCCACAUGAGCGUGCUGAUAAACUUGUUUAUAAUGUUACAUACUUAAAUUUAACCGGUAAGAAAUACUUACCUUAACCAAUUACCAGGGCCCGUAACUUUCAUGCCGAUGACAUAAAUUUGACGUCACGUUGCAUAUAUGUAGGAUAAUUCAAGAGUUUUAUUUAAUAAUUAAUCAUUAAUCA